CACUCGGCGGCGCCGCGUCCGCCCCGCUCACAAGGUGCCCGCGCCGCCACCAGCCCGACAGCCGCCCCCACGGACCGCACCGGACCAGCCCCGCCAUGCCCAGCUUUGCCGGCACCUGGAAGAUGAAGAGCAGCGAGAACUUCGACGAGCUCCUCAAGGCGCUGGGUGUGAACGCCAUGCUGCGCAAGGUGGCCGUGGCCGCCGCCUCCAAGCCGCACGUGGAGAUCCGCCAGGACGGCGACCGCUUCUACAUCAAGACGUCCACCACGGUGCGCACCACCGAGAUCAGCUUCACCGUGGGCCAGAGCUUCGAGGAGGAGACUGUGGACGGCCGCAAGUGCCGGAGUUUGGCCACUUGGGAGAAUGAAAACAAGAUCUAUUGCAAACAAACCCUUAUUGAGGGAGAUGGUCCUAAAACAUACUGGACUCGGGAAUUAUCUAACGAUGAGCUGAUUUUGACUUUUGGUGCCGAUGAUGUUGUGUGCACGAGAAUUUAUGUAAGAGAAUAAAGAACUUCAGCUUCCUCGCCCCAUGGAUGCAGUGGAGAAUCAAGAGGCAGGCAUCGUGCGGAGUUCCUGCAUAACAAAUAUCUGUGUGUGCUGUCACUUAUGCAGCAUUGUACGUGCCCGUGUGUGUCAUAUUUGAACCCCUGACUGCCGUUCAGUGUGUUUUGCUUUUGUAUAAUGAACACUGUUCCUCCCACUUUUAUGCCAUCACUUUUCCUGUUCACUUCGUAUUUUGUAGUUGCCAGUCAGUAUAGUUUGGUCAGUUAUUAAAUUAAUUGGGCAUAACUCA